AUGAAGGUCAUUGAAAAUAGAGCCCAGAAGGAUGAAGAGAAGAUGGAAAUCCAAGAGAUCCAGCUUAAAGAAGCUAAGCACAUUGCUGAAGAGGCUGACCGCAAGUAUGAAGAGGUGGCUCGUAAGCUUGUGAUCAUUGAGAGUGACCUGGAGCGGGCUGAGGAACGUGCUGAGCUAUCAGAAAGCAAAUGUGCUGAGCUUGAAGAGGAGUUGAAAACUGUGACCAACAACCUGAAGUCGCUGGAGGCUCAGGCUGAGAAGUACUCCCAGAAAGAAGACAAAUAUGAAGAGGAGAUCAAAGUCCUGACUGACAAACUGAAGGAGGCUGAGACCCGUGCUGAAUUUGCUGAAAGAUCGGUAACCAAGCUGGAGAAGAGCAUUGAUGAUCUAGAAGAGAAAGUGGCGCAUGCCAAAGAAGAAAACCUUAGUAUGCAUCAGAUGCUGGAUCAAACUUUACUGGAGUUAAACAACAUGUGAAAACCUUCUUAGCAGCAACCACAUUAUUUUUUUUAUUAUUUUUACACCUGCUUGCCGUGAAACCCCAUAAACGUGUCUUUAUUUUAGUUUCACCACAAUCACAUCUGCUAAAUUUUCAGGCAGGGGUCGGGGAAACACCAAAAUGGGCAAGCCAUGUACAGGUUAAGCUAUAUUACACUAUGGUUUAAAUGUGCCAUUUCCCAAGAAAAAUGUUACCUACACUUUCUAGAGAGUUCAGCAAUUCAGUAUGCUUUGUCUUUUGAAGAAUCCUGGCUGUGGCAGAAAGUGUCCCACCUCAAGUGCCAACUAAAAUUGUUAACAAGAAGAAUGAUCCAUGUUCAAAAGAGAUCAGGUGGAAAUGGUGCUAUCUUGAGCAAAAGGUUCUACUGAAGUCUUUUGUUUGUUAUUAGACAAGUCAGGAGUUGCCCAACACAGUAAUUUAUUUUUAUCAGAAUUUUAUUGCUCUGUGAGGAUUUGGACUUUCUGUGCUUUCUAAUUCAGUAAAACGAAGGUAUAUGUGUAAGCAACAGAGAAAAGUGAAGGUUUCUGGACGUUAAAUUGUGUUCUUGCAACUCAAUACAGAAGUGUAGGUCAGCAUUUCACCUUGAGUAUUCAUUCAUUCAAUUGUAUUUUUCAUGUUGAAAUGAAAAAUUCAAUAAAUUCAGGAGAAAACAUAGAUUUGGAAGAGAUUGUUUUAAAAUGUAUUUUAUUUGUGUGGAUUUUGGGGAGGGGGAGGAAUUUAUAAAUCGAUAUUUGCCUCACUUUUUUUCACACUUUCUUUUAGCAGUUUAAAAAAAUAUACCUGUAUGUAAACAUUGUAUAAUGAUACAGAAUAAAAUGCACAUUUUAGGACAUUU